AUGCCUCUGGAGAUGCACGGCAUCAAGGCACAGGAUGUGCACACCAAGAUCCGUCUGCUCAUCGACGGCAUGAUCAACAUCAAGGACACCACGGGCGAGUUUCUCAUGACGCUCGAAGACGGCCGUGUCAUCGACACCAAAGGCUGGAAUGACUGGGAAUGGACCCACGGCAUCGGCCUGCUCGGCCUGUGGCAGUACUACGAACUAACAAAUGACCCGGCGCACCUGACCGUCAUCGAGCAGUGGUUUGCCGACCGCUUUGCGGCUGGCGGCACCACCAAGAACAUCAACACUAUGGCCGUCUUCCUGACGCUCGCCUGUGUCUACGAGCGCACUGGAAACGCCGCCUAUCGGCCCUGGCUCGACAGCUGGGCCGAGUGGGCCUGUCACGACCUGCCGCGCACCCGCUUCGGCGGCAUGCAGCACAUCACCUACCUCGAGACAAACCACCAACAGCUAUGGGACGACACCUUGAUGAUGACUGUACUGCCGCUGGCUAAGAUCGGUCGCGCCCUCGGCCGUCCCCACUACCUGGCCGAGGCCAAGCGCCAGUUCCUCCUGCACCUGCAGUACCUCCAGGACCGCCACACCGGUCUCCUCUUCCACGGAUGGCAGUUUUCCGAUCCCUCAUCCGACGGCAGCCACGACUCCCUCGGCCACAACUUUGCCAGCGCCCGCUGGGCCCGCGGCAACAGCUGGAUCACCAUGGCUAUCCCCGAGCUCCUCGACAUGCUCGAUCUCGUCCCUGACGCUGACCCCGUCGCCACCGUCUUGCGCGACGCCCUCGACGCCCAGUGCGCCGCCCUCGUGCCGCUCCAGGACCCGGCCACCGGCCUCUGGCGCACCCUCCUCGACAUCCCCGAGACCGACGGCUCCUAUCCCGAGGCUAGCGCUACUGCCGGUUUCGCCUACGGCCUCCUCAAGGCCCGCCGCAAGCGUUACCUCACCGCGCCCGCCUACGAUGCCGCCGCCAUUCGUGCUGUUCGCGCCGUCUUGGCCAACGUCGACGAUGCCGGCGAGCUGCGCAACACGUCCUUUGGCACCGGCAUGGGCCACGACCUGCAGCACUACAAGGACAUCCCCAUCACGAGCAUGCCCUACGGUCAGGCCAUGGCCAUCAUGGCCCUGGUCGAGUUCCUGCGCGUCUUCAUCUGA